AUUCACUCUGCUGGGGGUUUUUUGGGUGUUACAUUCCAAUAGCAGACAUCAGCUGUUGUACUGAAGCUGCUUUUCAGAUCUGUGUUUGCUUGUCAGACAAAUCAUGAAGUCAGGAAAGCCCCAGAACUGAAAAUAGAGAUGGGGAGAGUACAUGGGGAAGUGUCACACACACUUACCCUGGUUUUAAUCUUUACUCAGUGCUUGUUUAUGGUUUUUGUUCCCACUGCUCCACCCAGCUGGAGAGUCCAUAAAGCUUCCCUGGAAAGGGCAGGGAGGGCAAAGAAAGAGCAGCCAGAAUUCAAGUAGAUAAUUUUAGGGGGGAGCAAAUGGUGACAAGAUAAGAAAUCAGCAUUUUAGAACUAAAAAAAUGUAAUGCAGGACUGAGUAAGGACUGAGCAGAGCCUUUGCAGGUUCCCACUCAGUCCCACUGAAAGCCCACUGUGCAAACCAUGGCUCAGGGGUGCUUCAGUGACCAGAGCUCCACACACCUGAAGCAAACAAGUCAAGUGUUCACCUGCUGCCUCUUCAGUGGGAAGGUGACCUCUGGCAGCAGGAUCUUGUAUUGCUCUAAAUAAAUUUAGUAGAGUUCACUCCAUAUCUUUCCUGUGGCCACAAUGAACCAGCAAGUGAAAGAAAACUUUGCCCGAAUUCAAGGCUGCCUUUCGGAGCUCCGCUCGCUCCCGGCUGAGGGCUGCUUCCCGCAGGGGGGGAACGGAGUGGUGCAAGCUGUGCAGGAUGGAUUGCAGCAGUUCAAGCAGUACAGCAGGCACACGGCAGCAGGAGGCUCCACAAACACUUCUGUUGAGAUCACAAUUUUGACCAGCCAACCCAGCAGAGAAAUGGUAAAGCAGCUGGAAAAGAAGUUACAAGACGUAGACCUGGUGAGCCUGCGAAGAAUCCAGGUCAUUGAGGUUCUGAAGAGAGAUUUCCUGGAACCUGAGGACGUGGAGCAGUGUGUGCCAGCAGAGGAGCCCGGCAGUGAUAUGGCAAUCCUGGGAAUGGACAUCGAGGUGCAAACUGUAGAGGACAACGUCAUCAGCCUGGAGAUGCUGUUUAAAACGUGGCUCCAUGACCAUGGCACAGAGAGGGAACAGCUCCAUCUCCUCCUUCCCUCAGGAGGUUUUGGCCACGCUGCUGCACCCAAGAACACCUUAAUGUGCCUGAAGUGUGAUUUGCAGGAGAGGCUGCUGGACCCAGCCCUCCUUUCAGGGACAGCUGAUGGCACUGGGAGAGCAGCAGAUCCCAGUUCUCCCUGGCACAUGGCAGCCUGGCCAUCCACAGCUCUGCACAAACUCCGGGUGCUAAAGGCUCUGAAGUCUGAAGGGGUCUGUGAGUCUGUCCUCUAUGGGCUGCCCUUCAUCAUCAAGCCCACAAGCUGCUGGCAGCUGGACUGGGAUGAACUGGAGACAAACCAGCACAGCUUCCAUGCUUUGUGCCACAGUCUCCUGAAAAGGAAGUGGAUGCUCUUGGCCAGGCAUGAGCCCCAGAACACUGUACCAAACUGGAACGUGGUGGUGCAUCCCUACUAUGUCAUCAUCCCCUCUGACUCUGCCACUCUCCUGGUGAAAGCAGUGGCCAUCAGAGAGCUCCUGCUGCCAUCAGCCUUCCCAGCCCUCCUGGCUGAGCACCCCGAUCGAGUCAGGGGCCCCAUCGAGCAGAGCGCUCUGAACAACUUGGAAGUGGAAGUUGCUUACAACCCCUUGCACCUGAAGAGCAACCUCUACAGAUACCUGAAGAGUUCCUUGUACAAACCUCCCCACCGGCAGCAGCCCCAGCCCCGGGAGCAGCGCCCGGAGCGGCACCAGCCCAGGCAGCCUCAGAGCAGAGCCAAAGCUGCAGUGGCUCCCCUGCUGAUGGCUCCCUCUCCCCUCCAAACAUCCAGACCAGCAGCAGCAGCCAGGAAAGGCUCCUGCGAGGGCUCCCUGCUCCACAAGGAGUACGAGGAGUUCCUGCAGUGAGCACCAGGACCUGUCCCUGGGCAGCCACAGGUCCUGGCUCAGCAGCUGGCCGGAUGUGGUCAGGCAAGACACCGAGCUUGGCCUUGGUCAGACAGGCACUUCCCAUCGUUUGUUCCUCCUUGUUGUUGUUUCACGGUUGUGUUCGUCACCGAGCCAGUUCUGCAGGAAGUUUGCUGCUCGGGGACCCCCUGUCCAGAGAUCCAGCUGUCCCCUACAGCAGCAGCAGCACCACGUAUUUCCUGUUCUUGCCAGCACACGUCACCAACCUGCCUCAAAUUUGGGUUUCUGAGAUGGGACUAGCACAGGCCACAGAUCACACAUCGCUGUCAGCAGGGGCAGGAGAGCUGCAGGCAGGGCAGGGAGGAAAUCAGACAAGACAGGCAAUUGUGCUGAGCUGCCCUCAUCCCACAGCAGCAGGUUCAGUGGGGUGGUUGAACAGGAAUGAAACAGGGCUCUUGGAUUUAAUCUUAAAGCCUGGAGGGCUGCUCUCCCAGAUGAUUUGGUUGCUUCCAAGAUCGACCUCGCUGUCCAAUGCCCCAGCUCAUGGAAGGGGGUUGGAGCAAAUGCCAAGCCAGAGCAAUUCCAGAGAAUUCCUGCCCACAUGCCAGCCUGGUUUUUAGGUGCCCCUGGCACAGCAGGAGCCAAAGGCAGCUUGACCAAGCUGAGGAGGCUCUCACUGAGCCCCCGAUGCCAAGCACCAGCAGAGUUUGUAUUCUACUUACUUGGUUCUGAAAAACUCUUUCAAAAUAAAGUUAUCCUCCACGGA